UCCCCGCGACCAGUAUGAAUCAAAGCCAAGAGCCACUGACUGAGGCUGGAGCCAGUCCCCAGAGAAGCGAGGCGACGGGGGUGAGGAGACGCCGCCGCGGCAGCAGCAAGGGAAGAUGAAGACUGCCACCGUCGACCUGGGGGCCCUGGGAUGCACCCUAUGCUCCAGCCCCCUCCGGCCUCCGGUCUUCCAGUGCGAAACUUCUGAUAUUCUUGAACCGCACCUUCUUUGUUCGACCUGCUAUGUGGAGCUCCCGGAGAAGGACAAGUCCUGCUGCAAACGGUGCUUCGCAGUAGAGCGUAUACUGCAGUCUGUCCAGGUCCUUUGCCCUUACGCGGAGUAUGGCUGCACAGCCAAGAUGCCCUACCAUGAGACGGAGGAGCAUGAGAUGAAGUGCAUGCACGUGCCAUGCUUCACUGGAUCAAACAAAGUGCAGCCCAUGCCCCUGCACGAUGGGUUACCAUCGGAUUCUUGCACGCUUGUUAUCCAAAAUGUAUCUCGCGUCAAUAUCAACAUCAACAAUCGUGAGUGCAAGAAGAAGAUGCAUGAUAAGAGGAGUUCAAAUUGUGAUAAUCAGUGCUCAGCGGUAAUUGUGUAACCAGU